AUGGUCAAGAUUGCGAUUGUCUACUACUCCAUGUACGGCCACAUCAAGCAGCUGGCCGAUGCCGAAAAGAAGGGCAUCGAAAAGGCUGGUGGCACCGCCGACCUUUACCAGAUCCCCGAGACCCUGUCUGAGGAUGUCCUCGCCAAGAUGCACGCUCCCCCCAAGGCCACCGACGUGGCCGUCCUAGAGGAUCCCAAGACGCUCCUCGACUACGACGGCUUCCUGUUUGGCAUUCCCACCCGUUACGGAAACUUCCCCGCCCAGUGGAAGACUUUCUGGGACAAGACUGGCGGCAUCUGGGCUUCUGGCGGCUACUGGGGCAAAAAGGCCGGCCUCUUCAUCUCGACAGGCACCCUCGGCGGCGGCCAAGAGUCGACGGCCAUUGCCGCCCUGUCCACGCUCACGCACCACGGCAUCCAUUACGUGCCGCUCGGCUACGGCAAGACGUUUGCGCAGCUCGCCGACUUGAGCGAGGUGCACGGCGGCUCGCCCUGGGGUGCCGGCACCUUUGCCGCCGGCGACGGCUCCCGCCAGCCCACGGCCAAGGAGCUCGAGAUUGCCACCCUCCAGGGCGAGGCCUUUUACAACGCCAUCAAGGGCGCUUGA